AUGAGCAGCAAAAGAGACAAGAAAGAUAAUCUAAAUAGUGACAAUACUGCACCUGAGAGCAGCGCAGACCCUCUGUGUGAGGAAAAGGUUGCAUUUCCAAAAUCAGUCAUUGCACAAGAUGAAGCUUCUGAAAACGUACCUGAAGAGGUCACCAUUCGUAAAAAAUCCUCUAUUCUUAAGCAAAGUCAAUCAUUCUUGAGGCGUAGACAAAUAGACGAAUAUAAAAUGUUAGUCUUGAAGGAAGAAAGAAAGUUGCGAUACUUGAAGAGACAUGGAGACUUCACUGAUGAUGAGGAUGAGUUCAAAAAUAGUCCCUCUUCGCUGCCGAAGAAAAAGGUCAGCUUUGAGCUGGAUAAAGCAGGUACGAAGUACAUGAGCAACGCCCAUAAACCCAGUACCAAGAGUACAGUUGACGAACAAGCAGAGGAGAAAGUAAAUGAGAAGGAAACUGCAUAA